AUGGGCAAACGCUCCGUGCUCAACGUACGCCUACCGCGGGAGAAGCCGUCAGACCACCCCGACCACCCGGACUUCCGCCAGUAUGCCCGUGGGCCCUUCAUAUUUGUGACUCCCUACAGAACCAUCAUUGACAGAGGCGGGAGGAAAAGGAGACGGAAAUCGACUGUCGAUGCGAACCACACAACCGAACCCACGCCAGCGCCAACGCUAACGCCAGCACCAUCAACGUCCCGCGUCCAGCAAAGCGACCACAUCACCGACGCCUCGAUCGCAGACAACUCUACCGCAGACGCCUUCGACCAGCAUUUUUUGGACAAUAUUGCCUACUCCCCCGUCCCCGACUCUCCUCCACCUCCACCCUCCACUCACCGACAGCUCGGGGAGUCAGCGCGCUCGCCAGGCCCCGCUUCAAUUCCACCCAGCACUGCAAGACGACAGACUUAUCCUGAAUACAUCACACUUGAGGCCGAAUUGCGCAAAUCCCAGCGCGCCAAGCUAUUAGGGCGCUUCCUCGAGUUCCGCGACCAGAGCAAUCUCCGUCUACAACCGCUCGUAUCGGAAGACGACCCAAACGACCAAGAAGCUCCGCCGCCAUGUGCCUGUAGUCACACACUCGCUCGCGAGGUGAUCAUGUACGAUUAUGAGGCGUGUACGUGCAAAGUCGUUCGUCUCAUGGGAUUUUCCCGAGAGUUUGAGCGUGCAUUCAUAUGCGAGUCUUCUGCAUUAUCAGUCCAUAGAGUGCAAAUCACCUUCUGCGCAUCCGAACCUCCAUGUCUUACGGAUGCGGAACGUUUGGCCCAGCUCGGAUUCAUGUCAGCGACCGCUUUCAUGCCGGUGACAGCCUUUUCUUUCCGGCUGAUGGAUCAGAGUGACUCGAAAUGGAAGGUCAGCCCUGGCGCCGUCACUGGCCACGUUGAUGGGAUUGCAAACUUGCACUUUGACCGAAUGGGAUGGGGCCGCAACCAUUACAAUGGGCACAAAUGGGUAAGUAAUGAUCAUCAACUCCCCGACAUGCUCAUAUCGUAUUGUGUAUUCUGCUUAUGGCCUAGCCUUCCAUGCGCGAAUCAGGACAAAGAGCUGAGAAAGCAGUUCCAACGCGCCGUCGACGAAUUCCAAGCCCUCGAAGCAGUCGAGCACGACGUUGGGGAGCAGGGCACCACCGACUCGCCGUACCUUUGA